AUGGAAUAUUGUGAUGGUGGGGACUUGAACCAGUUUCUCCUGUCCAAACCUCCAGAUGAAGAGCAGAAUCACAGUGUAGUGCUCCAGCUCUCCAGUGCCAUUUGUUUCCUUCACCAAUUGGGGAUCACUCACAGAGACCUGAAGCCCGCCAAUGUAUUGGUGUGUGUCACAACCAAAGGACCUGUGGUGAAGGUGGCAGACUUCGGGCUCAGCAAGAUGGCAGAAGGCACGUUGGCUGGAGACCUCUGCAGACAGCACUUCUCCUCGACCUGUGGCUCGGACUUCUACAUGGCACCCGAGGUGUGGGGAGGACAGUCAUACACAGCUCAGGCAGACAUCUUCUCCCUUGGGGUCAUGUUCUGGGCCAUUUUGGAGAGAAUCACCUUCUUGGAGGAGGGCACCACAGAAGAACAGCUGGCUGCGUAUGCAUGCAAAGGCCGCUGGCUCAUGCCCCUGGGCGAGGUGCUUUCGGAGAACCCGGACUUCCCGCUGAGCAUCCCCAUGAAGUCCAAGAGGGCGCCCCCGCUGCCCCCUACCCCGGGCCCCCACAUGUGCGCGCUGCUGCUGGACAUGCUGGCCGUGGACCCUUUCUCCAGACCACGCGCCGACCAGCUGGAGUCCCGGGUGCACGCCGCUCUCAGACAGGACGCCCACUGUGCCUGA